AUGGCCAACGGCGACCAGGCCACGGACGAAUCGUCCAUCAAGCCUGUGUCGUCGCUGCGCUCACGCUUUGAAAACAUGACCACCGCUCGUCCGCAGCCAGAGUCCACCCCAUCUCUCAACCUACGCAGAUCUCUCGAUCUCCCGCGACCGCUCCUGUGCCCGGAUGCUGCGCCUGACGACACAACCCAAGGACUGAAGAAAGCGAAGCCUCCUCCACCUAGACCGCGUCCCGUGUCGACAGCAUACCCUCUGACUCCUCGUCACUCUCCUCCUUCUGUCAGUGUCCAGUCGCCAGCGUCUCCACCUAGAAGGCUUGAUGUUCGCGUGACCAAUGCGACGCCUUCAAAAUCUCCUCCUGCGUCGACCUUGUCUACUCCGGGUUCUGCAAAUGCUUCUCCAGCAGGCUCUAUCCGUCAUUUCCGCUCUCCAAGUCGAGUAACCACACCUGCGUUAGAGGCUCGCAUGUCGGCUUUCCUGCAAGCCUCGCAGUCUGCUGAGACACAACCCGAGAGUCGACCUCAAUCAAAUGGCGAACAGAGACCAAAGAGCCCCAACUUCGGAGGCCCUCCUCCUGUGAAUCGCGCCGGUAAACCAAGAAUCGGCGGACUGUCGUCUGCGAGUACGGACAGUCUAGCGCCUGUGAGACCAAACAAGACCGGGAACAGUCAAGUUUCUCCUUUUGGCACUCCUCCAAGCAGUUCAGAAAGUACUCCCUAUGCUGAACAAGUCGCUCCUUCCAUACCUCUCGACUCGAAACCUAGAAACUCCUCUGCCUCUCACGGCUACUUCGCUGGUGUAGCGGCCNCCCGGGCUCCAUUACAGUCUCGAAAUCCUUCUCCCAAGCCCCUGAGCCGCUCAUACGACUUUCCCUCUUCACACCCUCCUCGCCUUCAGAUAAUCCCUCAAAGAGCCACAAUUCCGAUACACGAUGGAACCAGCGAGGAAGAUACGCCAGUACUACCUCCUCGUCCUGAGCGUGAACUUCAUUCUGGACGCACAAGUCCUACACGCUUCAACGGCAGAAUUCCUGCUCGCCAAUCUCUUGAUCUUCCCCGUCGGACGAGUGCCGUUGCUGCUAACACCGACAGUGCUAUGAUGCCACCUCCACGUCGUACUCAACCACCUCCAUUACAAACGUCUGCCUCUGCUCUGUCUCAGGGUUUUGACAGAAGGCAUUCGGCCACUCCUGCUGCCACUCCUUCGAGCAGUAAGCCACCACCUCCUGCCAUUCCUGCACCCCGUCGCUCAGUCGAUACUCGUCGUGAAGAUUUCAGGAGCAUUCCAGCAACACCUCUAUUGACACAUCAUGCCGACGAUGUUGAGGACCCUCCUGUCAACUACCCUGGCGGUAAUCCACAGGACUUUCCGGACGCGUCACAAGCAAAUAGGCGCCCUCCACGCUUCAGGACCCGUCCUUGGGAGAUUCACACAGGCUAUGACACUCGUACUUUUGCAGUUUGUGGAGAUUUGGUGUGUACAACUGGUUACAUUACGCGUGUGUGGAGUCUGCGCACUGGCGAGUCGUGUUUAACCUUGUCCCAUGGUGAUAACGUCAAGGUGACUGCACUAGCCUUUGCGCCAACAGCAAACGCAGAUAAUGAAGGCCGACGACUCUGGCUUGGUACGAACAUUGGUGAAAUUCACGAGGUCGACAUCCCUAGUCAGUCCAUCGUUCAUACCAAGUCCAACGCGCACCCUCGGCGGGAAGUCAUAAAAAUCUUCCGCCAUGCUUCCGAACUAUGGUCUUUGGAUGAUGAAGGCAAGCUCAAUGUUUGGUCCCCUGGUUCUGCUGGUAUGCCUAGUCUGGAUACUAUGCCGACGACCUUCAGAGCUGUCCGUGGCCACUCGUGUUCAGUCAUUGUUGGUGGUCACCUCUGGAUCGCUGCAGGCAAAGAAAUCAGGGUCUUCAAACCCAGUGCACCUACGGAAGCCGCUUUCAAUGUUUUACAAAAGCCCUUGAUGGCAGAAGGCGCAGGCGAUAUUACUGCGGGAGCCAUAAUACCGAGUAAACCAGACUUGGUCUACUUCGGACACGCCGAUGGCAAGGUUUCGGUCUAUCAACAUCGUGACUUCAGAUGCAUUGGUGUUUUUAGCAUCAGUCCAUACAAGAUCAGCUCCUUGGCAGGAGCCGGAGAUUAUCUCUGGGCUGGCUACACUGCGGGCACCAUCUUCGUCUACGAUACUUCCACGACACCUUGGCGGGUCAUGAAAGACUGGGUAGCCCACGAUAAUCCGANNAUCUGUAGCAUCCUCACGGAUGCGCAGAGUAUAUGGAAAAUGGACAAUCGCCUACAGGUUGUAAGUCUCGGCCUUGACAAUGCCAUUAGAUUGUGGGAUGGUAUGCUUCGUGAGGACUGGCUUGAGACAAAGAUGCAACAGAACGACAACGAGUUCUGCUCGUUUGAGGAGAUCACUGCAGGAGUUCUCACAUGGAAUGCGGGUGCCGUCAAGCCCAAUCAUCUCAAAGGAAGUGAGAAAGACGCCGCCUUUUUCAGAGACUACUUUUCUUCAAACACUCCUCCAGAUAUUCUUGUAUUUGGUUUUCAAGAACUGGUGGACUUGGAGAACAAGAAAGUAACAGCUAGUAAGUAUACCUUGUGCUUGACUCACUCUGCUCUUGUAGCAAAUACUGACAGUCUGAUCAGAGNNAGCUUUUUCAAGAGUCGAAAAAAGGAUCCUACGGAACAAGAGCACAUGUCGCAUCAGUACAGAGCCUGGCGGGAUCAUCUUACUAGAUGUAUUGAAGACUACAUGCCGGCCAAUCAAGGGUAUGCUCUCUUACAUACUUCAAGCAUGGUCGGUCUUUUCAGCUGUGUGUUUGUCAAGACGGCGCUUCGAAGCCGUGUCAAGCAAGUGCACACUGCAGAGGUCAAGCGAGGAAUGGGCGGUCUGCAUGGAAACAAGGUAAGUCACACACGUAGUCAUGAUUUCCCGUAUUCUGAUGGUCAUCACAGGNGUGCUUUGAUUAUCCGCAUGAUUCUGGACGACAGUUCAGUGUGUCUGGUGAACUGCCACCUUGCUGCAGGCCAAACUCAGACGCUCCAUCGCAACAACGAUAUUGCUGCCAUCCUCGAGGCCGAGUGUCUUCCGGUAGCAGCGGUUAGUAACAUGGCUGGCACUUUUGUAGGAGGCGGUGAUGGCAGCAUGAUCUUGGACCACGAGAUUUGCGUUCUCAACGGAGACCUUAACUAUCGCAUUGAUGCGAUGCCGCGAGACACUGUCGUUCGUGCUGUCAACGACAGAAACUUGGCAAAGCUGCUUGAGCGUGAUCAACUAUUGCUGUCACGCAGAAAGAACCCAGCGUUUAGACUACGCGUGUUCCAGGAAAUGCCCAUCACAUUCGCACCGACGUACAAGUACAAUGUGGGUACUGACGACUACGAUACCAGCGAGAAGAAGCGAGCUCCAGCAUGGUGCGACAGAGUAUUGUACAGAGGCAUGGGCAGAAUCAAAUGCGAGGACUACAGACGAUGGGAAGUCCGGGUCAGCGAUCACAGACCAGUCAGCGCACGACUGAAGAUCCGCAUCAAAAAGGUCGAUGAACAACGGCGAGCAGCGGCAUGGAGCCGGCGCGAAAAGGAGUUUGAAAAGUACAGUGACCGCAUCGCUGGCGAGGCCAAGUAA